AAUCUAACGGUCGUUGUUUACAAACCAUGGUGCAAUAACAUAACAUAAAACUAGCGUUUUGCUUUUUAGAAUUAUUUUUAAAUCUAAGUUAAAUAAUAAUUUGAGUUAAGGACAAAGUAAAAAUGAUAUUCGAAGAGUAUGAAAAAAUGGCCGAUAGUAUUAAUAAAUUUAUCGGUUCUAGUGAAUUGGAAAAAACUUCUUGGAUUGUUUUAGAAAAAAUACACGGGGCAAAUUUCAGUUUUCAUACAGACGGCGAAUGGGUACAAAUCGGUCGUCGAAGAGAUUUCUUAAUGGAAGGCGAAAACUUUUUUAACCACAUUACCGCUAGUUUCAUGAAUGAUUACCCCGAGAAAAUGAAAACUAUUUACCGUAUGGUUGAAACAUCAACUGGUAAACAAAUCAAACAAGUUUCUAUCUAUGGGGAACUGUUUGGAGGUUACUAUUCCAAUGUACCGACAAACGGAAACCAAAAACCAAUACAAAAAGAAAUACAAUACUGUCCAGACGUCAGGUGGUGUGCUUUCGACAUUGGCUACAGGACACAAUUCGAAGAAGGGUUAAACGAGUAUUUGGAUCCUGAUGUUGCCAUGGAGAUUUUUAAAAGUCUUGAUAUAUUUUACUUGCAACCAUUAAUGAUAGGCACCAUGAGUCAAGCGUUAAAUUUCAAACUAGGAUUCGAUAGCACAAUACCAAAAUUAUUAGGAUUACCGCCUCUUCCAGCUGGAUCUAACAAAGCAGAAGGAGUUGUUGUAAAGCCGAUCAAAACAUUAAAAUGUCCAACUCGUCGAGGUGGUGAGGUCGAGAGAGUGAUCAUUAAAAUAAAGCUUCCAGAGUUUGAAGAAGAGAGAAAACAAACACUUCCUAAAGCUACUAAGCCUGUUAGCAAAUCAAAAAAAGAUAUAGUAUUGCAGAGAAUUCUUGCAAACGCAACACCUCAGAGAUUGACAAAUGCUAUAUCAAAAAUUGGUUUCCCGGACAAAGAAAAUCAAAAACUCAUCAUUAAUGAAUUCAAAACUGAUAUUUUUACUGACUUAUUUGCAAAUGAUGUAGAAGCCCACCAGCUUUGGGAAUCACUCGAAGAAAAACAACGUGAGAUCAUUGAGAAUGUUUUGAACCAGAAAACCUCUUCUCUUUUGAAACAAUAUAUUUUAAAUAUGAACAAAUAAUUUUUAAAAAAAUAUAAAAAAUUAUAGAUUCAUAAAUAAAGUUUUUAUAUAUUAAAGUAAAAAGUUUGUGACAAAUACAAAAAAUUAGAACUAUUAAUUAUUGUUAUAAGAAUUAUGUGAAAAACUAAAACUUUUUAAUAUGAAGUUUAAAAUAAC